GACAGCUGCGUGAAAGUUCAAUGUGACGUAUCCAUAAGAUUGGCGGCAAUUGUUACUAAAAUUCUAUAUAAAUAUAUUUAUUCAAUUCUUUAUAUAAUAUGUUAAGAAUCAAAGAUUAGGGGAGUUUGUGCUAAAACCAUAUAGUUAUUAAAAUUGUUUAUACAGAAUAAAGUUAUUAUAUCUAAAGGUUUUUGACGAUUUACAUAAUGAAUAUUUUAUAUUUUCUUCUCUUAAUUGUUUUAAUAGAAGCUCGAGGGAAUAACUGGGUCGAUCCUCAUGAAAUGAAAAUUAAUGUAAAAAAUUCGCUGAAAAGGUCUCAAAGUGAAAAUGAUAAAAGUUCGAAUAUACUAAAAGAGCCGGUGAACUACCGUGAGCCUUCAGUGGAUGAAAAUAUGCCACUUAUUUAUUUGAAAAGAACAAUUAAGCUAAUUUUACAGGCUGCCGAUAGAACAAGUGAUAAUUCCAAUGAAUAUACUGGAACUUAUAAAUAUGAUCUAGACAGUGAGGAGUACAAAUUUUUAAUAAAUUUCGCUGAUAAUAAAAUCACAAAUAACGAAGACAUUCGAAAAUUGGAUACAGUAUUAAGUAUGAUAUUCUCAACAUCAUACAAGAAUAACAUUUUAAAUUUUGGUAUAGGCAUAAAAGACCAACUUUUAAACUAUACCUCUUUAAUUUUUUUUGGAGUAGUUAUUUGUUUCUACACAGUAUAUAAACUCUUGAAAAAUAAUUCAGGAUUUUGGUCUAUAAUUUCAUAUUUCAUUUUUCUCUUAUUAAUAGUCGAUUAUGGAUACCGUUAUAGAUUCAUGUAUGAGGAAAUGGAAGAGCACAAUAUGAAAGUGAUAUAUACUACUGCAUGCGAUAGUACCAAAAUGAACUGGAGCCAGUACUUUCAAUUUCUCCUCAAAAAGAACGACUGUGAAAAAAGAAUGGUUACUCCUCUGGAUGUAGGACUGAACCAGUUAAAGCAUAUCAUUAUAAUACCAUUGGAGUCAUUUGGUACUGGCAUGGGGAAGUUUAGCAAAGAAUUAUGGGAAAAACUCCCCUUUCCAUGGAAUUUCUUCAUAUUUCCAAUAAUAUUGCUUUUGAUCAUAGGCAUAAUCUUUAUAUUUAUGUUAACAUCGAAAACUACACUUAAACUGAAGUUGUUUCAUUUGUUUCAUCUCGAAGCAGCGGAUGGAAAUAGAGUUAGUGGUGAAAUCCUGGAUAAACUUUUAGAUGCUGUUAUUCAUAAAAGGAUAGAAGAUAUAAGAUCAUCUCCUGUAAAAAAGGAACCCAAAAUUGUUGAAUAUAAAAAUGACAAUAGCAAAGAAAAUGUCAUAAAUGGAACCAAGGAAGAAAGCGUGAGUGAAAGCACUGAUAAUGCUAAUGAAAACAAAAUAGAAAACACAUCAACAAAUGGGCCUGUAGAAGACAAAAAGGAAAAAUAGAUGUAUAUAUAUAUAUAUAUAUAUAUAUAUAUAUAUAUAUAUAAUUAUGUUGAGUGAUUUUGAUAAGAAAACUUAAAAAUAAAAUAAUUUUUUAGUAUAUUUUCAAUUGCUUUUUAUAUAUAUAAGAAUUGUAAUGUUAGAAUCUUCUCACAACAUGUAAACAUACUUACGCAUACCAAAUAUCUUUACUGCUUAGUGAUGAAAAAUCUACAGUUUUAAAUUUUUUUUAAUAAUAUGUUAAUUUUAUUUACACUAAAACGAAAUAUGACUUUAUUUGAAUUUUACUUUCAUGUAAGAAAAUAAUAAGAAUAUAUUAAACCAAAAAAAUGUGUCAACUAAAACUCGCCCACAAAAGUUGUGUUUAAUCAUAAGUCAAUCUCUGUUUAACCGUUUAAUGUAAGAAAGAACAACAUAAAAAAACAAAAUAAUAUUGAGCAAUUUGGAACGAGAAUUUUUAAUUAAAAUUAGUUUCUUAAAUCUAGCAUAGCUGAAUAAAUAGGUAGAUACGACUUGAGAAUUACACUGCUUCUUUCAUUUUGUUUGCGUCAAUCUUUGGCUUAGUUGUGUAGAUUGGGAUCACAACAAACUUAGAGCCAUUUUUUCAUCUUUUUCUUGUUACCAUCUCUUGGAAAUCUUCACUAUCUUAAGAGGUUUUCACUUAAAAGGAAAACUAUCGUAUCUCACGACUUGUGUUCAAUUUAUGUCUGUGUCAAAGUUGUUGCCGAUCUGCGUUUGAAUGUUUUUUAUGUUAUAAAAAUCAGUGUGGAACAAUUCUAGUAUAUCCUAGGUACCUCCUGUCUUUUUAGCUGUUCCUAGUUCCUCCAAAUGGCUUAAGGCGGACAAAAUCAAAAUAAUAUGGAUAGACUAAUUUCAUACCGUUUGGCAGAUUGCCAGGAAAACACUUAACGAAUUCUUCAAAUUUUUAUUGUGCCACAAGUUGUGAGAAAUUUAAUGCCUUUAGGUCUUGAAACCUGUCGUUAAUUUGUACAAUCUAACCUCAAAAAAUAACUUUUGAUAUGAAACUUUUAAUUCAUUGCACAGUGAGUCACCUAGUACAAGCUAGGUGGACAAAAACAUUUCAUUCUACGGUUUGAUUAUUUUGUUUACGAUAAAUGAUUUUUUGUUGUUUUCUUGAACAAUUAUGCAUUAAUUUUUUAAUAAGGAAAAUUUUUGCAUAAUAAAAUGCAAUAGACGAAAAUUUCGGUCCUCUUUGGAAUGUUUCCUCCAUUCUUCAAACAAUUCCAUUUUUGAUACGCGAUCUGAAAAAAAUAAUUUUAAAAAAAUCGGGGACCAACGUGGAGCUAUAUUAUAUAUCAUUAGUUAGCCUAGGGUAGUGGCUAUACAAUAUUGAAUGGAUACAUGUGGAUAAAAGUAGCUGCGUACAUUAGAAAAUUGAAUUGAAAAAAAAAAUUCGAAUUUUAGAGUAAAUUUUCCAAACCCUAUUAUAACAGAUAAUGGCUCUUAUUGGAAUUAAAUAUUAAAUGAAAUAAAAAACUCUUUACCCUUUAAAGUAAAAUCCAUCACAGCAAAAGAAAUAUCCUUCACUUCCAAUCUGUUUAGAUGUUAUAUGAACUAAUACCAAGUGGCAACUAAAUUGUUUACAGAACACGAAUUACUUUUUCACUACAUUUAAACCGGUUAUAACCCAUUGCUCUCGAAGUUUGAAAAAAAAAAAUUUACCUAGAAUCGACGUCUAUAAAGAGGUCAUAUUACUAUAAAAUCAUCGAUUAAUCGAUUCUUUGAAUUGACUUUUGUCCACCUAGCUUGUACUAAACGGCUCACUGUGCAUCGUCUUCGUGAUUCCUACGCUGGUUUCGCCUACUUUCCUAUUUUCUAUUUUCACAUGAAUAUUUCCACAAAUGCUCAAUAAAGUUACACCUGGUGUUGUUUUAAAAAAGAUUUUUGGAUUGUAUCUACCUUGCUGGUAUUUCUGUUUGCUUAUUUUGUAGUACAUUAAAGGCAAUUUAUGAAUGAGGAAAUACUUGAAAAAACAGUCUCCAAAAAAAUAAACUCAAGAUCUUUUAAUGCUAUGUUAAUGUUAAUAUCGUAGUUUCGCGUAAUGUUAUUUUAUCUCAAUUGUUUACAUCAUCAUUCAAAAUAUGUUCAAAUAAACUUAUUAAAUCUUCGUAAUGUUCAAA